UGUGUGCCGCAGACCGGCAGAUUAGACCGGCUCAACGUGCUCUGCAGACAUAAAGACCAGCUCAGUUCAUUCCCUCUGAACGGACCAGGCUCCUGCGCUCAAACAAAAACCGGCACAGGCUCUUUUUCUUCGGUCCCCGGGAUAUAAGCAGCUCGGUUCUCGUGUACUUUGCGGCUCUUCAGUCCUUGAGGAAUGCCCAGAGAGCUGACCCAGAACAGGAUCCAAAAGAUCUGGGUGCCCACCAAGGAUGACAAGCCGGCACCCCGGAGAGCGGCUUGCGCCCCCCACUUUGCCAACCCCCCCACCGUCAUCGUGAUGGUGGGUCUUCCGGCUCGAGGGAAGACCUACAUGUCCAAAAAACUCACCCGCUACCUCAACUGGAUCGGCAUGCCCACCAAAGUCUUUAAUGUGGGAGAGUACCGGAGGGAGGCGGUCAAGAACUACAGCUCCUAUGACUUCUUCAAGCCUGAUAAUGAGAGCGCUGUAAAAAUCAGACAGCAAUGUGCCUUAGCAGCCUUGAGGGAUGUCAAAUCCUAUUUGAAGGAGGAGGGAGGCCAAGUAGCGGUCUUCGACGCCACAAACACGACAAGAGAAAGACGAGACAUGAUCCUUCAGUUUGGCAUUGAGAAUGGCUUCAAGAUCUUUUUCAUCGAGUCGGUGUGUGACGAUCCCAGCGUAAUCGCGUCGAACAUCAUGGAAGUGAAGGUGUCGUGUCCAGACUACCGGGACUGCAACAAAAACGCCGCCAUGUUGGAUUUCCAGAGGAGAAUUGAAUGCUACAAAACCAGCUACCAACCUCUGGACCCCAAUCAGUAUGACAGGGAUCUCUCUUUCAUCCAGGUGAUAGACGUGGGUCGGCGGUUCCUGGUUAACCGGAUCCAGGAUCACAUCCAGAGCAAGAUCGUCUACUACUUGAUGAACAUCCACGUCCAGCCACGCACCAUCUACCUGUGUCGGCACGGAGAGAGCACCGACAACGUGGAGGGCCGGCUGGGCGGGGACGCGGGCCUCUCGCCGCGGGGCAAACAGUUUGCGGCUGCUCUGGCUCGGUUUGUGGAAGAGCAGCAGCAGAAGGAUCUCAAGAUUUGGAGCAGCCAGCUGUGUCGCAGCAUUGAAACCGCAGAGCACCUGGGAGUCCCGUACGAACAGUGGAAGGCUCUCAACGAGAUAGACGCUGGAAUGUGUGAAGAGAUGACGUAUGAUGAGAUGAAGGAGAAAUUCCCGGAGGAGUUUGCUUUGAGAGAUGAAGAUAAAUACUACUAUCGUUACCCUGCUGGAGAGUCUUACCAGGACCUGGUCCAGCGGGUGGAGCCAGUCAUCAUGGACCUGGAGAGGCAAGAGAACGUCCUGGUCAUCUGCCACCAGGCUGUCAUGCGCUGCCUGCUGGCCUACUUCCUGGAUAAGAGUGCAGAGGAGAUGCCCUACCUGAAGUGUCCCCUCCACACGGUGCUGAAGCUCACCCCUGUUGCCUACGGGUGCAAAGUGGAGUCCAUUUGUCUGAAUGUGGAGGCGGUGAACACCCACAGAGACAGACCGGAGGAGAUGAAGAAGGGUCCUGGCACCUUGAUCAGGCGGAACAGUGUGACUCCUCUGACCAGCCCCGAGUCAAACAUCAAGAAACCUCGCAUCGAUGACCUGGACGAGUCUCCGAUCCAGGAGCUGCCUCCGUCUGUUGCCUCCAUGGCACUCUGCAGCCCCUCGCACCUCCCUAUCACUCUGGCUGGACAGCACUGGCUGGGCAAAGUUUGCCUAACCUGAGGAGAAACUCAUCUGGCCACCGGGAUGUCCUGCAGACCUGCCAAUAAAACUGCACCGAUGUGUCACGUGGCACAAGAGGCCGGAAAGUGGAUCCCUGACAAAGGCCCACUGAAGGCAGUGAAAAGAAAAAGAAGGAAGAGUUAAAUGGAUGAGUUAUUUGUCAGCCAAAGACACAAGUAACCACCUAUAUUGGCGUUUAUCAUGCACGCUUUUCUAAAAAUGUAUGAAAAAGAAAAGAGUCAUGACGUAAUUGACUCCUUUGUAUGCUGACUCUAUAAAAUAAGCGAAUAUUUUGCACAGUGGGGAUACAUUUGUACUUUUGGUUUAUUUUGUGUCACUAUGUAUUUCUGAUGUCACGUUACUUCCCUGUGUUGAAGGUGAUUUCUGCCGUAGAGUGCCUGUAGUGCCUGUUUUGCAGCCUUAUGCCACUUCUCUUGCCAUUUCUCUGGAAUCGAUUACUCAAGAGGGGGCACCACAUUUCACCUAAUAACGUCAAUAUUUUACUUUUCACUGUCUGAAAUAUUUAUUUUUCAUCGUGAUUAGUUUCAACGCUACAGUGCGUGCUGAUCAUUUAACAGAGUUCUUAAUUUUCGAGUUUAAAUACCUUGAUUUCCUUUUGCUGUCAUUGUCUGCUACGCACAAAUGUAUGCACCUAUAUUUUUUUUAUAACAAUAUGUGCUGUUAAUAAUAUCUUUGUAAAUGUUAAUGUAUAUAUAGUAUAACUGGGGAUGCAUAGGAUAUGACUUUCAUGGGAGACUUGAUGAAAAUGUGUGUGUAGAAGUAUUUUUGUACUAAUGGAAAGCAUGAUCUGUUGAGAAAAAACUGCUGCUUACCUCUCUCAGUAAAACGUUUGUUAACAAGUUUACUUUACAUACUUGAAAUUUGUUUUUUGUAAAAACUGUUUUAUUAUAUUCGUUAUUCAUUUUGUAUGUAGUUUUGGAUGCUUGGUACGAGAGGCACCUUGUUUUAAACUAAAGACUAUGAGUGAGUGGACAGUAUGUUGUACAGUUGAUUUUGCAUCUGCUGGACCAAUAAAUGAACUCCUUGAAAAUAUA